AUGUCGCACAGGCAAUCAAAAAAACAAAAAACAUCGAAAAUGUUUGAUUUCAACGCCAUUCAGGCCAGAAUUCAGUCGAAGGAAAAGUGUGUUCGCGAAAUUCGGCAGCAAAUUAACGCUUUGAAAGAAUUGGAUCUGCGUCGCUUCGUGACAGAAAAUCACGAUUUAACUCAAGAUGAAGCGCUACAAAUACUUGGUAGCUCACUUUCGAUCGAAGGUCUUUUUAAUCUGAGAAAGGCUAUCAACCACGUUCCGGCUAACAUCGUUCGCGUGGUCAAUGGAAUCUGCUCGAUGUUAAUACACAAAGUUUUUAACAUUUUGUCGUCACCCACGUGUGCUACAACCAGCAACGAAGCGACAGUAUCCGUUGAGGAUCUUGAACUGUAUACGGAGUUUGCGGAAAAGUAUUGUUCGUUGUUCCUAGCCAAGAAAGACGAUGGUGAUGUGUUGUGGAGGCUUACGGAGCAGGAACAGUCUACGCCUUUCAACAAGUUUCUUACGCCUCCAGUGUCCUUGUGUAUGCAGUGUGAUAGGAAGCUAACUAUUCGCAAUAAUCCAUGCAAGGUUACCCUUUUCACGUUGAACGGCCCGAUUCCGUGUUCCAAAGUGACCUUGGAGUGUAGGGAGUGCUGCCAAAUCUUUGGAGUUUGUAACUAUACUGAAGCAUCGGGAAAGCACUUUUAUCCCUCAUAUAUGAGUAUUGAAAUGGUGGAGAUCAGCAAUGUGACCUAUUUCGAGCUGAGUUUAUAUAAGUGGUUUCCAUCCCUGAGGUGAGUGCUUCUGAACAAUCUUCUUUAAACAUUCUUUAUAGACAAAACGUUUAUACUAUUAACGAAGACUGGUAUUUUAUACUUUUUGCACAUAGUAAUCAUAGUUGGGUGUCCUUCAGUGGAUUUGCCGAGUCAUAUAAUGAUGUGUAUGAGAAGGAAAUUCAACGUUAUGGUUCUAUUUUAAAAGGUUGGUUGCAUAUUUAGUGCAUUUUAUAUUAAUUAGACUUAUUACCAUCCGCAGUAGGUCACAGUUUUAGCAUAGCCAUGUUUGUGGUGGUGCAGAGUGUGUCAAGCCAUGGUGCAUUCUGUGUAAACCUCACAAGUCAUGCCUAAGAUGAUGCGCCAGUUGAGGUCAACUUGUGUGCUGACCCCAGUAUUUAGUUUUCACCAAUUUCGUACCCUUUUUUGUUUACAGUAACCCAAGUAUAUGUGCCCUACUUUGGUAUUUUACUCUGUUUAACAAUCCAUGUGUAAAAUUUAUGCCAAAGAACUACCUGCAGUAAGUGGUCAACCAGCAAUUAUGUAUCAAAGUGAGAAAACGAUGUUAAGUUGUGAACAUUUCUGAAUUUGACCAUCAUGUGCAGGCCUGUAACUAGUUAUGAGCCAACCGAGUCAGUUGACUUGGUAGGCCAGAAUUUGGGGACUGAAAUUUAAACAUUGCCAGAAACCGAAACCAUGACUGAAAUAAUUUGCUCGUGGAACAAAGCAUGAAGUGGCAUGUUAGGACGAAAUUCUAGUUUACAGUAGUUUUUCCAAGCAAAGAUAUUCCAAAGAGACCACUCUAUCUUGCUCUUCAGUGACACUGAGAAGAUGAAUGCAUCGAUUUCAAGUACCCCAAUACAUGUAAUACAGUACUGUAGAAUUUGAAGUGUGGUGAAUGAUAAUACUAUACCACACACACAUGUUAAUUACUGCAUCAUCACAUCAUGUUGCCUUACUAUGUUGACUGGAUUACAUUUGGGAGACUGUGAAAUUGUAGUGAUUGUGUCACUGUUUAUAAGGUUAAUUUCUUGUUGGAAAACUCCACAAAAUGCGGGAAAUAGCUUAUCUGAGCUUCAAGAAAUCCAACUCAUGCCCCUCUACAAGCUUGCACCUUUGGUGGUCGACGCAGUUGUCUCAGAAUCCUAGUUACAGCCUGAUCUGCUUCCCUAUGACGUAUACUUACCAUGCACAUAUAUGCUGGUAGCUGCAGUGAUACAGACUUGCUGACUGGAACUUCUCCAGGUCCCCCGCUAAAUAUGUCCCCUCCAAUGUUUGUGCAGCUAUUAAGAAAUUUGUAACAGUAGCUAAAUGUUAUAAAAUAUAUUGAAAGUGCUAUUGGUGAGUGUUUUGAGAUAAGGGACUGGUCAUAAAGUAAAAGGGAGGCGGGGUGGGCUGGGAAAAUCAUAUAUUUGGUGUAUGCGCUUUUGGUAGCCCCUUAACUCCGUAAAAAUUAGAGGCCAAUCCAAUCACCAGGUGAUUAUCAGUUUAUUACUUUAAGUCUCACUUUCAGUAAUAACUUGAUUAAUGUGCUUUCUGGAAUACUCAGUAUGCAACUGUGGUACUAAGGUAAGAAAAAUUGAUUUGUAUGUAAUUUUUGUUUAGAUGCAUCAAAGAUUGAUGAUGAAAAUGAAACAGAUCAGGAUGAAAAGAAUAUUGGUAAGUACCGGUACCAAGCAUAUAUCAGAACUUUGUCAUAACUGAUCAAAAUGUAGUAAAGGCAAGUCUUGAAAAAAUAUUUUCAGCUGAGGGACACUUUGUCCAGCAACUUUUUCGGUAUGCUAGACAAAAUUUCAGGACAUUAUGUUCCAAUCAUGAGCACCAAUCUUCAAGAUUUUUUAACAUUAGAUGCAUUAAUUGUUCUCAGCGAUCACACUUUCCCUGGGACCCCAGUUUUAUCUGCUCAUGUUUUAUCUAGUACUUAUAAUGUAGCAGGCAAACAAACAUUGUUUUAAUAGGGAUUACUGCAGGACAUACAUUGCAAUACAAAUGAUAAAGAGGAAAACACAGUCAAACUGUUGUUCAUUUCCAUGCAAUAUUGUAACAUUGCAAUCAACAAUGUGAUGUUCAUUCGCUAAUUGCACAGAGCAAGUUGCAACUGACACACACAAAUUGCAACUGUCAUUUUGUCAAGUUGCUACCAUGUUCCCUGUUGACUCCAAUAAAUAACAAAGUUGCUUUUAUUUUAUUCUGUUCUUUUGCUAAAAGAAGAUAUUUCUGAACAAUAUUAGUAUUUUAAUUGUGAAGUUAUACAAUAAUUAUUUCAAAUGAGAUUUGUAAUAGAACGAUUUCAGCAGUAAUCCAGGUGAUCUCGUGUUUGUAUUUUAGCCAAUCAGCGCUCAGAAAGGGUUGUCCGAAUAGAAAUCCAUUUUGAUGUAUUCAGUCAAUUAUAUCUUUCGUUAUUCUUUAUUAAACUAGUUGAAAUUUUGUAAUUAUGUUUGGUUAUGAGAACUAUAGCUCUGACAAAAAUAUGGAAUCGAAAUAAAGUAUAUUACAGGAGAUAUUCAGUUGUUUUAAUCAUAAAAUGGAUUUCUAUUUGACAACUAGUGCCAGUACUUUUCCGCGUAUCAAGAUCACCUGGAUGUAGCAUGUAAUACUGAUUAGUGAUUGCAGUUUCAUGUGCCCGAAGUCCAAACUCACAAUCCUAUCAGAAAAUACAGGAAAAAAGAUGAAAAUAUAUCUACCCACAAAGUGGAAAUAUAGAAGUCUUGAAAAUGUAAUUUUCCAACAACUUUAUAUUUUCUAAUUGUAAACAAUAUUGCCGAAAAUUUACAAUUUUAUAUUUACAAUAUGUGUAUUAAUAUACGGCAAAAUGAAGGGUAGCUUAAUUUAAUCAGCAUGCUUCAAAAUUACAUAUUAUUUCGCAAAAGAUCAGGAAAAUUUAUCGAUGCAACUCUGUUAUUGUUUUGAGUCAACAGAUGAUGAUUAUUAAUUUUGUGACGCUCUUUCAAGAUGUGAUGAAAGUUUUGUCCAGGCUAGUCUAGAUCAAAAUUUCACUUGAAAGGGGAAAGGUCUAUUGUAGACUUUUAAAUGUUAACCAUUGGUGGGAAAACACACUCUGCCCUAGGGUCUGCACAUGGGCAGACUUGGUGCAAGUCUAACUAGAGCUGUCCACAUGUGCUUUUUGCAGUUAAUUUAACUAAUAUCUGAUGUGUUUUAGGAUUAUUACCCGGUGAAAUGUCUGCUAAGGCUAUAGCGAAAUGUUUUUGGCACCGUGAAGUUGAGGAGGAACUGCUGGAGCAUAGUCUUCGAGAAGAAUGGGUAUUUUCAUCAUCAAAAGCCACACUUACUUCUGGAAACUAUGAUGAUGCUAUGGAAUAUUUUGACCGAAAAAGAUUGAAUGAAAUCUAUCCGCAUCACUGCUCAGACCAUUGCAAGGGGAAAGGUGAGAUAACUUUUCGUACUGCAAUUCUUAUAAUAUGAUAUAUAUAAUACAUAUGUGAACCAUAUUAAGAACAAAAAAAAUGUUCUUUGUAUCUUGAAUGCUGAUUGGCUAGUUGCAAAAACUAUGCUGAAUUUCACUAGCUGUGGACAAGGGUGCAAGAUUACAGCUCACAAAGGGUGCGAUUAAUGCUUAAAUCGCACUCCAUUGAAAUUGCAGUAUUUGCCACUGAUUUCAGAAGAUAUAUAUGUAAUUAAUUAAGAAAGUAGUCUGAUUUAAAAGGGUUAAUAAAUAUGUACUGUACUGUACUUUAUUUGAAAGUACUUCGAAGUAAAUAAUCAAAUCAUUAAAUGUGGAUUAUAGAUAAUAUAAAAAUUAUGUGCAUGAAGUAUAAUAUAUACUUGUCACCUAAAUUGUGUAGGUUGUGGCCAGUUGUAUGUCGCUGACGGGAACUGGAAACUUCGCUAUGCCCAUUGCAUGUGGAAAGUUCCUGUUGAAAUACCCGGAUUUGGAAAAGUCAUCAACUACCCUAGCAUCUGUCCUCUCUCACCAAAAAGAGGACAUGUGUUCUGCCCAGCUCACUGUGAGAGAUCACAAGCACUUGGACAUCCAACAGAGUUGAGGGAAUUUUUUAAAAGGUGUGGUGUUGCUGAGCGAGAUGUUGAAGAAGGUUUGUUGCAGAAUAUUGUAUAUUAUCAUGAACUGUUCUAAAGGGUUGCUAGAAGAAAUUAAACCCACGCACUGUAUUUAUUCCUAUUUUUUGUUCCAUUGAUUAUUUUUUCUUUCAAAUGAACCGAAAACCUACUUUGGAUUGACAUUAUGAGACUGGCUGUAAGAUGUCUAAUUGCAUUUGGUUAUAGUAAAGAAUAUAGUGUAUUACAUGAGAGGCUAGUUUUACGAGGUUUUUCUCGACUAUGUUCGAAAUACCUAUUAAGUAUAAUACCUUUAAGACUAAAUUUAUCAAGAGAAUAGUCAAUUGGUUCCUUAAUUCAGUUUUCAGUAUACAUUUCUGAAAAUGGUGAUGGUGGUCUUGGUAUUCAUUAUAAGCAAAUAAAGCAAUUUAUUUUAUUAUUACUGUAUAUUCUUAUACAUUUUAGUUGUGAAAGAAAUAUCUUUAGACGUUUCAUUAAGUGGUAUGUUUAAUUAAAUUAAUCUUGAAACUGAUUUACUGUAAUUGAUUUUGCACUGUAGCCUCAGUUUUUUGUGAGCAGUCAAUAAAAUAGCUUUGCUUUACAUGUUUUAGAUACUAAUCUCGAAUCUGUCAGCAAGUGUUUGGAUGAAUUUGCUGACAGCGAUCUGAACGAAAGUAGAGAUAACGCUUCUACAUUUCAAGGUAGAAUAACUCUUUCUCGCCACAGGCCAUAUCGCGUCGAUCCUGAGCGAUCGACGGCUAUAAAAUUUUAUACCUUCGGUUCAGUGCAUGCUAUGAAGACAGAAAUACCACCAAUCGAUUCAGAAAUAAAAGAUAGACUAGUUCCAAACGAUAGUUAUAGUCAUUAUUAACAUUGUAACGAUUUAUGGGCCUUUGAUAGUCAAACACGAUAAUAUUGUAUCAAAUUACGCAAUUGUCUGAACAAAAUAUAGACUAGCCAUACCUUUGGCUGAAAAUAACUUCGGCCCCUUCGCACAUAUCGUCUUUGUAAUAGUCUUGUUCGAAUCCCCAUCAAAAACACUAUUUAGAGUGUUAUUUGCAAGCCUGUAUCUUCAAAUCUGUAUCUUUUAUCAAUAUAUUUCCAUUUCUUGUCUGACUGUGAGCUCGAAGUGAGUUAAUCCCAACCGGAAAUAAGUCUGAAAACCGUCAAAACAAUGCGACGUUUGUAUCAUAUGACCCUGGAAAGGCCAGAAAUGGAUUUGCAAGGUCAAAUUGCACCUACACGCGUGAGUUUGACGUCAUACCGGCCAACAGGAGCUUCUUAUUGGCCAAUUAUUGCACAAUGUUCACAAGUGCGAGUAAAACGUACUAAAACCCGAUACCUUGAAAAAUUCAAAAUAAAUAUUUCUAGUCGGCGUAUACAUACCAAACUUUCUACACGAAAGCGCUUGGAUACAAAGAGUAUUUUACACAUAUAGCCGUUCAGAAAAUGACGAAAAGUUCAAGAGAUAUUCAAGAUCUUGUAGAUAUAAAAUCUAGAAUUUUUGGCCAAGCGGUGAGUAAAUAUAUGAUUGUUUCGGUUUGUGUAAUGCUCUGAUGGCACUUGACCCCCCGUUCGAAAGGUUAUUUUAUUAGGAUUUCAAUGGUGGCUUUUAUUUACAAGGGGGGUAAAUACUCGCCGAGAUAUUUAUAUUAGAAAAAUUGUGUCGUAAUCUGAUGCGAAAGGGGGUGGUCGAAAAAGAGAUAACUUGGGUUCUUGCAAACUCAGAUAUAUAUUUGCGUGGAGACAAUUAACAAUUAAAAUACUUGUUGGAAAACGUAUCUGCACAUGAAAUUCAACCAUUAAAAAUAUCAAUUUAUUAUUUCGAUAUAUUUAGGAUGAUAAUAUUUAAUUUAUGGAAGUACAAGACCUUCCAGGUCAAUCGUAUGCUAAUUAGAAAUUUUUGAAAUUUAAAACUGACACUUAGCCAGGAACAUAUGUUUUUUUCUGGAAGUACUGUAAACUGUUGAGCCCCCUCUGUAAUAAGCCACCCCCGCCCUCAAAAGGACAUGACAAGAAUAACCCCCGUCAGGACAUAAUAGGGAUCAUACAGUAAAAAUCAGUCAGAUUUCACUCUAAUUACCUGUUAUGUAAGAACCAUUUUAGCCAUACUUAAAAUAUAGUCAGAACUUUACUGCAUUGUAGUAAUGCAUGGUUUGACCCUUCUACAUAUAUUUGUUAAUUUGGCAAAUUCUAUUCAGCAGUUUCUCACAAUCAUAUGUUUAUUAAAUAUAUAUUUAGGCACAUCUGAAUUUAUUCACAAGAAUCCCACAUUUGUUGAAAACCUGGCGGCCCUGGAGGAUAUUGCAUGCAAUAAGGAUACAGGUGGCUUGAAGGCUUUCCAGUCAUGGUCUAGGGGCCUGUUCUUUAUUAUAAGUGCUGGCGGCGGCCACAUCGAUUAUUGGCAACCACUGUACAGGUUUGAUACAUGUUCUAUUUUUGUUUCAAUGCAGUUACAAAAUCUGUUUUUACAGUAA